UCGAAUUUUUAAUCCAAGUGCGGGCGCUCGUAAUUCGGUGAAAAGCGAGGGUGUGCCGCGGCGAGGAGGGAGCGCAGGCAGCAGCGUAAAGAGCAUUUGUCCGUCAUUCGUCGUGUCUCGGCAGUUGGAGCUCGGCAUCCCGUGGCAGCGCUCGAAGAGGUCCGAGAGGUCCCGCGCAGGUCAAGAAAUGGCGCGCGCGCGACUAAAGUCGGUACGUCGACCAGCCAGCCGAUAAGGCAGCCGCGUAAGAGGAACGGCUGGGCUCGGGUGCCAGCAGGGGAGCUUCAAUGGCGAGGGGGCCAGGCGGCUCCAUCUUCCAGACUCGUCGACACGAGCCAUCGUCGCCUCGAGGAUCGCGACGUGCGAUCUAGUGUCGAUAGCCGGGGGGAGGCGAGGGCGCGCGCGCCAGCCAUACUUUUCGUGUUGCGCAGUUUGUUGUUGCCGUUGGGAGCGAAGACUCGGAGAGGCGUCGCGGCGAUGCCUCCUCGAUCACGAUAAGCCCGAGGAUGUGCCUACGGUUCCUCGUUAUUACGAGGCCGCUUUGUCUCCCCGUUUGCUUGCUCGCGGCAAGCUUCGAAAGUGGAGGGAGGUGAUUGCGCGCUCUUCUCUUAUGCCUCUCUGCGUCGCUUGCCAUUGUUUCGAAAACAGUAGUUAUACUCUGCAGAAAUGAGUACGUUGGAUCAGCAUACCAGCAACCACUGCGUAUGGAAACAUCACGGAACAGAUACACUGAGUCCCGCGAUUAUGGAAAGUCUCGAUAGUCUGUCUCUCUGUAAUCGAGAUGUUAGCACUUCCCUCACCAACUCCCCGUUUCAAAGCAACCAAUCGCUGAACGAAGUUUCAUCUCUAAACGACCAAACUCCAAAGCUCUCGAGAGCACUAAAUUCACACAAAAGCUUUCUAUUGAUCGAUGGCAAUGAAUAUUUAAAGGUGUUUAGCUUGGAGCAAUUCAUUCAGAAGCUGGGCUGCACAAAGAAGGACCUAAAAGUAAAGGUCGUCUCGAUAUUUGGCAACACGGGCGACGGCAAAAGCCACACGUUGAACCAGACCUUCUUUAACGGCCUCGAGGUCUUCAGAACGUCGAACGAGCAGAAUUCCUGCACACUCGGCGUCUGGGUGGCAUUCGAUCCAAUCCUCAAUGUCAUAUGCGUGGACACGGAGGGACUGGUGGGCACGACGACCCACGAGAACGCGAGGACGCGGCUUCUGCUCAAGGUCCUCGCCAUCUCGGACGUCGUCGUGUACGGUACGCGCUCCGAGCGGCUCCACAGAGAUAUGUUCACGUUCCUGGGCUCGGCCUCCGAGACCUACAGCUAUUAUUUCCAGGCUGCCUUGCAAGCUAUCGGCCAAAGGGAGGGGAUCCUUAGCUCGGUAAAUGCACUUGGGCCCAGCGUCAUUAUCUUUCACGAGACGAGGCAUACGAGACCUUUGACGAAUAGCGCAUCGGAAAGUGCCGAGGACAUUCUGCGCAAUCGUUUCGCACAAACGGAACUCGAAAUCGAAGCGUUCAGUUCCAUUAAAUACGUAGGUGUUCAGACCACCCAACCUCCAACCGAUUAUCAGCCGCUCCAAGCAGCCAUUAGGAGCGAAUUAUGCAAUACCGCUAUCCGCUCGGCUAGAAAGCCGCAUUUAGUUUAUAGUACCUUGAAGGUUCUCAAUCACAAGUUCUUCGGAGAAAUUGAGAAUGUCGCAAACAUACUAUUCCCAGAUCAAUAUUUCACGUGCCCGGUGAAGUGUUUCAGUUGUGGCUGCAAAUGCCAAAACAGCAUGGGACAUAUUCGGGAAGGCAAGCCACAUACAAGCGACGCAAGGUGUCGUUAUCAGCAUCAGUAUGAAAAUUUGGUCUACAUCUGUCAGAAAUGCCAUAGCAAUGGUAACGAAGUUGUCGUUACGAGUCGCAUUCAAACUCAAAACGACAAUAGCUGGUACGGUCUGGCGAAAUACGCCUGGUCGGGUUACGUCAUCGAGUGCCCAAAUUGUGGAGAAAUUUAUCGUAGUAGGCAGCAUUGGUUUGGCAAUAAAAAUCCAGAAGAUUCAGCGGUGAGAACCGAAAUCACACACGUUUGGAAUUUGACGAACGUCUCGCUAUCCACGCAAAAUACGGCCCAGCGUGUAGUCGACGGUGUCUCCUAUAUAAAGGAGGCCGUCGCGAGCAUGUCCUUGCAGCCGACGAAGGCGCUGACCGCGUGGGUGGCGGACCAGGUCGCCCCCACGUAUUGGCGUCCGAAUAACGAGAUACGCCAGUGCAACAAAUGCAAGGUAGCGUUUCAGCCGACCGACGCGAAGCAUCACUGCCGCUCCUGUGGCGAAGGAUUUUGCUCCGGCUGUUCCUCCAGGACCAAGUGCGUGCCGAUGCGCAACUGGCACACGCCCGUGCGCGUCUGCGACGACUGCUACGACCGAGACGCCAACUCCAACGAGGAGAUCAAGCAGCUCGUGGCGGGGGAUGACGUGAGCGUGCGGAAGGUCUCGGAGCAGGUUGUCAGUACGCUCAGCGCCGUUGGCACCGUACUCACCUAUUCCAAGUCAAUCAUCAAGGAAACGGCAAGACCAUCGUAUUGGGUGCCUGACUCGGAGGUCAAGCGUUGCUGCGUGUGCGAGGAGAUGUUCGACGAUUUCCUGACGCUACAUCACUGCAGGGACUGUGGUCGAGGUGUAUGCCACGAGUGCUCCCAACAUCGUAAGCCGGUGCCCCGCCGUGGCUGGGACAACCCCGUGCGGGUCUGCAACUCCUGCGUGAAAAUCGACUAGUCGAGAACGCAUUUCAUGUUUUGCAUUUCAAUUAUUUUUCCCAGAAGCAGCUUUGGAU